AUACACACACACAAACAGAGACACCUGUACACACACACAGACAUGUACAUACACAUACACACACAGAAACAUAUACACACACGCACAGGGACACAUGUACACACACACACACAUACAGACACAUGUAUACACACACAGAUACAUGUACAGACACACAUACAUGUACAUAUACACAGACACAUGUACAUACACAGAAAUACACACGAACAGACACAUGUACAUACAUACACAGACAUACACAGAUACAUGUAUGUACAUACACACACACACACAUGUACAUGCACAGGCACAUGUACAUACACGCAGACACAUGUACAGAUACACACACACACACAAAUACACACACAUACAAAUAUACACACACACACACACCCUAUAAAAAGUUGUAGUACUUUGUUACCUUCACUGACAGAGCCGGGUACUGCACUCUAGGGGGAGGCAGAGAGCACAGCACACACUCCUUCCUUUGCUUUCACUUUGCUCAACUAUUGAGCAGUCUGACGGCUCCCAGUGUGAGUGACAGAUCCGGCUCCGAGUUCCGAGCCUGCUCAGCAAGACGGCCCUGGGGACACACUCACCCCCAUCAUAAUUUCCACUCGCCAGUGCAAGCUGGCGAGUGGAAAUAUCAAG